UAUAUAGAUAGAUAGAUACUUUAUUAAUCCCCAAGGGGAAAUUUGUCGUGACAGUAGCAGCAACACACAAGAAUAAAAAACAAAACGCAAAAUAUAAGAAACAGGGAUGAAAGAUAUAGAAGUAUACAAGUAAGAUAAAAGUAAAAUACAAAACAAAAUAUAUAUGUAAAUAUACAACACACAUGCAUACACAACACACAACAACACUGACAAAUCAAAUACAAAAAUAUUAAAUAUAGACAGAGUGCAAAAAGCAAAGUGUGUGUAUGAGUGCAGAGCAAAUGAAAUGAAAUGUGUGUUAUUAUUGAUUUGAAAAUAAAAUAGUUUCCCAGUCACUCUAUAAAGUUAUUUUAUUAAAUAAAUAAAACACUGACUUUCUUAACCUUGAGGUUGUUCCGUUAAAUGUGUUAACAAACUUGUUUUAACGUACACAUUUUCAGAAGCAUUCAUGUUGUUUGUAAAUAUAAUAUAGUAUUACUUUGUCAUUAGAAGGGCAUUACAUUUGGAAAAACAAUAAAUAAGUAAACAAAUGUGGGACUUACUGGUGACUUUUAAAACAAUGAUUUCUACAUUCUGGGAUGAGUUGCCUCAAUAUGUGAUGUAGCCAAUAACCUGAAUAUUAAAUAAAUAUGUAACGAUUGGAAGUGAGGACACUGCGCAUGCGUGACUUUUCGAAAAACAUUCAAAGUCUCACAACAUGGUUUUAAUUUGGUUAAAUAUCAGAACUUCUAAAUGUCGGGAGGUAUACAUCCAAUUGAAAAGACUGCCUGCCCAAAUGAGAGGCGCACACGGUGGUAUCUGUAAGCGACCGGCAGGAAUGUAACCGAAGAAGGAAGUACUUAAACGUAACUAACUCCCAGAAGCUUUUUCAUCUCUGUUUUUAUAACGUGAGCUGCCAAAAGGCCGGGCAGGCAGAAACUACGUCACUUCCUCACGGUAUUUCCAUUUGUUUGUGGCAAACGCCAUCAGUUACCAAGUACCUUUUACACCAAAGCUAACGUUACUACUUUAACCAACAAUAUGCCGGGGGUGGAAACGGCAUUGCCGUUCAUAUCUGUAAACGGCUUAUCCUGAAACGACACUUAUCCAACCGUUGAGCGUCAGCAAAGACGAGAAAAAACGUGCGCUCGCGAGCAGAAGUAGUUGGCCGGCUAACGUUAGCUAGCUAGUGUCGGUUAAUUGGCUAACUAUUGUUCGCUGCCUGGUUCUUGCUCCCGUUGGUGUUGGCGGACAUUAGCUGACUGACGACGGUGAGCCGAUGGAGUGCCCUCAUCUGAACUCCAGCGUGAGCUCUCCUAUCGAGACCUCCAGGCUUCCCAACGGCACUCCGUUCUCCUGGUGCUGCAACGCUUGUAGGUCUAAUAAGAGUCCAUGGAUUUGUCUUACCUGUCUGAUGGUCCAUUGUGGAAGAUAUGUCAAUGGGCAUGCAAAGAAACACUUUGAAGAUAAUCAAGUCAUCGGCAUUAGUCAAAAGAAGGGCGAGAAACCGGAGAAAGAGAAGUCCCAUCAUUCUGUCUGCAUGGACUGCAGCAACUACAGCGUAUUUUGUUACAGAUGUGAUGACUUUGUUGUUAAUGACGCCAAGCUUGGGCAGGUGCAGAAGCUCAGGGAACAUCUGCAGAGUUUAGAAAACUCGGGACUGAUGGGCGACCGACAGAGGAAAAGAAAACUUCAGGAGAACCCAGCUCUAGAUGGCAAGUUGUUGAAAGACAAUGAUGGGGCAGCUUUAGGUGCUACUGGCCUGCGCAACUUAGGAAACACAUGCUUCAUGAAUGCCAUUCUGCAGUCCCUCAGCAACAUCAAGCAGUUCAGCUGUUAUUUCAAGGAGUUGCCUGCAGUGGCUCUACGCAGUGGUAAGACGGCAGGAAGAAGGAUGUACCACACCCGAAGCCAAGGAGACACCAGUGUGUCUUUGGUGGAGGAGUUCAGGAAAACCCUCUGUUCCCUGUGGCAAGGAAGCCAGACGGCCUUCAGUCCAGACUCCUUAUUUUAUGCUAUAUGGAAAAUCAUGCCAAGUUUCAGAGGCUAUCAGCAGCAGGAUGCACACGAGUUCAUGCGCUACCUGCUGGACCACCUCCACAGGGAGCUGCAGUACAGUCGCAACGGGGCGUCUCACCCAGUCUCCCCUCCAGAUGCGGUCAGAUUAUCCACUUCAGAGGGCAAAUGCUGCAUAAAUGGGAGUGCCAGUGUUGUCACAUCCAAUUUUGGUGGCAUACUUCAGAAUGAAGUCAACUGCCUGAUAUGUGGAACAGAAUCUCGGAAGUUUGAUCCAUUUCUUGAUCUGUCUUUGGACAUUCCCAGCCAGUUCAGACAAAAGAGAAGCAAGGACCAGGAGCCAGGGCCGACCUGCACUCUGCGUGGUGAGUUUCCCACUGUCGGAGACUGCUUACGUAGCUUCACUGACCUGGAAGAACUUGAUGAAACGGAGCUGUACUAUUGCCACAAGUGUAAAAAGCGACAGAAAUCCACGAAGAAGUUCUGGAUCCAGAAGCUGCCAAAAGUUUUGUGUCUGCAUCUAAAAAGGUUCCACUGGACGGCCUUUCUAAGAAACAAGGUGGACACCUAUGUGGAGUUUCCACAGAAAGGCCUGGACAUGAGGCACUACUUACUUGAGCCAGAGAAUUCUUUACCAGACAGCUGCCUGUACGACCUUGUUGCUGUCGUAGUGCAUCACGGAUCCGGGGUUGGAUCUGGGCAUUACACGGCAUACGGCAGCCACGAGAGCCAAUGGUACCACUUCAACGACAGCACAGUGAGUCUGACCAAUGAGGACAUAGUGAGGAAGGCCAAGGCCUACAUCCUCUUCUACGUGGAGCGGACUGGACGGGCGGCCUCAGACAAGCCUGCCCCAAACAAGCCUGCUGUGGACAGUGGUCCUUCAGACGUGGUGAUGAUCGAUGUGCCGGCCUCACACAUGAAUACCCAGGAUGUGGAAGCCCCGGAUGAGGCGGCCGCAUUGGACAGUGUGGGCGAAGACGUGGCUGAACUGCAUAAAGCCAACGUGGCGUCAAUGGACGCUGCAACAGAGAGCGACACCUCAGAGGAGGCGGGCCAAGCUGUCGGAGCCGCCGCACAGUGAUUGUGUCGGACUGCCUCAGACAGCGACUCACUCCGUUUCGGCUUCACCUUCAUCACAUCUCUUAUCGGGCUUGAGUUUAAAUAGUAAUUUUCACGUUUAAUGUACGUGUAACUAUUCCGUUUUAUUUUUUUUCUGACCCGCAUGGCAACAUCCUGUAUAAUUUGCUGCUUGAAACUUGUUUAGAAUGAUGAUUUACAUUUAUUUCCUCGAUGUUGUAUUCCUCAGUUGAGGUCUACUUCUUUGUAAUAGAUUCCAAUUGUGAUUGUUUAAAAUAUUGAAGUAAAGAUGUAGCCUGGGAAAACCUGUUGGUCCAAUAUUUAGUCAAGACUAAACAAAUUGAUUGAUUGUAACUAUAUUUAAAGUUCCUGUUGUUUCUAAUUUUGUAAUAACUACUUCUUAAGAACCUUGUUGCUCUGUUAGUUGACAACUAUACAUUUGGGCUUCCAAUGUAAAGGAAAUGAUCAUUCUCAAAUGUUUUGGUUUGUCCCGUUAUGUUUAUCCGAAAACGUAUUAGAAACAGGCCCUGAUGAAAUCCUCUUAUAAAACAUGUAUCGGACAAAGUCUUCAUGGCAAAAAAUACAAUGGAGAAUCUUUUUUUAAGUAUUUGUGUUUUCUUUGGUGGAAAAACACAUUUUGAAGUUCACCCUUUUCUGGACUGUUUUUUCAUCCAUUACUCCUUUGAGGAGUUAAAGUAUUAAUGUUAAAUGUGGCAGAAUCUCUUUAUUCACUUUAGUCAUAAUUAUAAUAAAGGCCUAGAAUCAUGC